AUGUCCACCAUCAGCUCGCAGGAGUCUGCGAACGUGCUGCGCAACUUCGUGAAGGUUGGCGUGUCCUCGAUCGCGUACCUGCGCAACCUGUUUGCCGAGUCCGUGUUCGAGGACACGGUCAUCGGCGGGCUCCAGCUGAAGCGCCUGACGCGCUCCGUCCCGGAGUCGGCGGCGCUGCUGGACUGGAUCGACGACGGGGUGUUCGACGCGAUGGGCCGGGAGUACCUGAAGCACCUGGUGGUGAGCAUCCACAACAGCGAGCACCUGGCGCUCGAGACGUACACCUUCUCGCUGCAGUACGGCAGCGACGAGGACUCGUGCGACGGCGUUCGGAGCGAGUACUCUGUGCAGAUGUCAGUUGGCCACGGCCCGUUGGCGGAUUGUGCGACGGCGGCCGGUGGCAACAGCGGUGGUCGUGUUACGAACGGCGUGUCGAACCCCGCUAACUUGGACAACGCUUCAGAGGCCUCAAGCAACUCAACGGCGCCGCUGGCGACCGCGCAUGCAGCGAACACUCUCACCACGAGCGCCCGCCCGGGGUGCCUCGUGGUCAGCGCCGACAAGGAGGAGGUGAAGCGGCAGACGGUGAAGGUCCUCCGUGACCUCGUGCUGCUGGCGCAGUCGCUGUCGCCGCUGCCCGACAACCGGUACCUGUCGAUGCGGCUGAUGUACUACGACGAGCGCGUGCCCGUGGACUACGAGCCGCAGCACUUCCGCAGCGCCUCCGCGGAGAGCUUCGGCGAGGCGGAGCUGAGCCUGGAGCAGCAGGUGGGCGCGCUAGAGACGGGCCACCACAACCUGGCCGUGGACGUGCGCAGCGUGUGCUACGUCGACGAGAACGUGACCAAUUACAAGAGCAGCGUGCGUCCGUUCGACACGCUGACCCGGCGCACCUCCAUCAGCUGCGCCAAGCCGGCGGAGCCGCCGCAGAUCAGGGACCCAGCCGCUGACCUCAGCCGGCAACCUAGCGAAGCCGGCGCGUCGCAUGUGAGGCUCCCGGCGGGCUCAUCCGGCAGGGGCAACGGCGUGCAGGUCCCCGCGCCGCGGCCGCCAGUCGGGGGCCGCAACGUGAUGCUGGGCCUCCUCAAGCGCAGCUACGAACUGGCGGCGCGCACGAAGUUCAUCAGCAAGGAGUGCCUGACUGACGCCAUGGGCGUGGACGCCACGACGUCCAAGGCCCUGCUGAAGAACAGGAUGAUCGAGCACGGGUACAUCGAUUCGCGUUUCAUCAAGGGCAAAGGGUACAUGUAG